CCCACCACAUGCUCCAAAUCAAUUUGCCUAAUUCAAACCUCCCGCUCUCGCUUAUACUCUUUGUUUCGCUAAAAUAACAAAUUCCUAAACCUCUCUUUCUGCGUUUAUGCAACAAAUCUAAUAAUGGACCCUAAAUUUCAAUCCUUGCCCCCACUCAAAAGAUUCAGGCUCCUGCAACAGCAACAUCAGCUUGAAGAAAACAAAGAAAAUCAACCCAUCUCACUGCAACUUCCGGCAAAGAAGCGAAAGGAGUCCCGUCAUCCACUUCUCCCUGAGCCCACCACUACUAGUUAUUGCUUGCCGGCAAAAAAACGGGUUUGGGCACUUCAACCUGCAGAUCUCAUAUCAGGCAACCCCUUUGAGUAUAAAGCCUCUCCCUCUUCUGAUGACAUUAGUGCUAACAUUCAGUCCAGAGAAGCUCAACGACCAGUAGAACCAGAGGAAGAUGACGUUUGUCCUAACAUCCAGUCCACAGAAGCUCAGCAAAAAGUAGAAGAAGAGGAAGAUGAUGGGAUUUUAUGUGCUAUUUGUGGAAGCACAGAUGGAGAUCCAACGGAUCCCAUAGUUUUCUGUGAUGGGUGUGAUUUAAUGGUACACACUGUAUGCUAUGGCAAUCCUUUGAUAAAGUGUGUUCCUGAAGGCGAUUGGUUUUGUAGCCAAUGUUUGGAUUCUAAAGCUUACAAAAAAAAUAAGGCAUCGCCCUCUUGUUGCCUAUGCCCAACAAAAGGUGGAGCUAUGAAACCCACCACAGAUGGUUUGUGGUCUCAUAUUGUGUGUGCAGUUUUUGUUCCUGAAGCGUUCUUUGAGGAUCCAGAUGGCCGUGACGGAAUUAAUUGCUCUAACGUUCCUAAGAAGCGGUGGGAAGAUAAAUGUUAUUUGUGUAAAAGCCGAAAGGGGUGUGUUAUAGAAUGCUCUGAGCCAAAGUGUCCUUUGGCAUUUCAUAUUACUUGUGGGUUGAAUGAGGAUCUUUGCAUUGAGUAUAAACAAGGGAAAAAGGAGGCAAUUGUUGCUGGAUUCUGCAAAACCCACACUGAAUUGUGGAAGAAGCAACAGCAGACAGGAAAAUUCAAGAUUGUGGCCAGAGAAGAGCACAAGUAGGCUGAUAGUUCUUGAAUGAAAUGUUGAUUGAGGAAUGGGUUAAUUAGAUUUUCUUGAAUGCUAGAGUUGUUACUUUGUUUAGAUUUUCUUAAAUGAUAGGAUAAAGAAGUUGAAUAUAUGUUGUAGGCUUGUAUGGAUGCAUCUAAUGUUCAAGUUAAUCUCAUUUCUGAAUUUUGCUUUUCCAAAUUAAGCGCUUAAAGAAUGGAAUAAAACUUUGCUGAUUAUGUUAA